GCGGAGGAUUUCAGCAGAGCCGCACAGCAGAUACGCGCCGCUAGGAGCGCAAGAAGAACCGCAACAGACGAGGAAGAAGAAGAAGAGAGAAAAGAAAAAAACAUUACAGCAGCAGAUACUUGGAGCUGCGAGGAGAUCAGUACCAGGACCAGAACCAGGACCAGGACCAGAACCAGAGGAGCAGCGUCGGCCCCGGAAGCCAGAAAUCCAAAAUGGGAGGCAAGCUGAGCAAAAAGAAGAAGGGGUACAACGUAAAUGACGACAAGGACAAAGACAAGGAUGUUCAAGCUGAGGGGGCGUCCGCCGAGGAGAGCGAAGCCCCAAAAGACAACAAGGACGAGAGCCAGGCAGCAAGUGAUGCUAAGGAGGUAGCAAACGACACAGCGGCCAAGGAGGCACCAGUUGGAGACGCCACCACGGCUAAAGACGAGGACAAGAAUGCAGCUCCCACCACGAAGGAGCCUGAGAAUUCUGCCACCAACCCCGAGCUGAAAACGGAGGUGCCAAAGAGCACUGAGCCCGCCAAGACUGAGGAGAAGGCAGCUGCCCCCGCCCCAGCCAAAGAGCCGGCUCCUGCCACCAAGGAGCCCGAGGCCAAGUCUGCAGCACCUGCCCCGGCUCCUGACAACAAGGAUGAGGCCAACGCCAAAAAGACUGAGGCCCCCACGGCACCAGCAGCCAAAGCCGAGGCCGCCUCUCCUGACCCCAAGCAUACAGAAGCAGCGGCACCAGCACCGGCAAAGGAGGUCGCAACUGCCGCCGCACCUAGAUCAACACCAGCCGUCGAACCUCCAGCCAAGGAGGUGAACGCCACAGAAGCACCAAGCAAGGAUCAUACCGUAGCAGUUCAAGAUUAAUGGACAGCUUCUUUUCAGAAAUAAGAAAAUAAAAAAGUACCUUACACGAUGAAGAUUUAAAAACCAACGUGAGAAAGAAAUUAGCUAACCCUCCCAUAUUUCGAUGAUAAUAACAAUAAUAGUAGUAAUUUGAACGAUGAUGAUUUGUUGGAUGAGGACUGGACUGGAGCGACCAUCUGGAGACGUUUCCCACCGCUGCAGAUGAUUAUUGCUAUUAUUAUUGUUAUUGUUUGAUUCUAUUUUUUUCUGCUGUAGUAUUUGAACUUUGAUACGAGUCCAUGUCGGCUUCACCAUUUCACUUCCAUCAUCCCUCCCUCCAUCAUACAGUCCAGAGGUUUCACCCGGCUCCCUCCUGGGACCCUCAGAUGUUCUUUUGCAGCCGCUGAUCUGCGGACGUCGUAAAAAAAUCAGAAUUUUGUCGAGAAGGAAAAAGGGGAAGGUUGGUUAGAAAAACCACUUCACCAGCUGGACUUGUCCACACCUCAGCUCUCCUUGUCCUCCUCUCCAGGUACCUGUAGAUUCCUGUUGUUGAGUUGGGCUUGUGUUGGUUUACAUUACUUUAAGCCCUAGACUUUUUUUCUGUGUUUUAAUUAAAUUAAUGAGUCCUUUCUAGAAUUAGGGGCAGUGGGCAGCACCCAGGGAAUAAUGGAGGUUAGGUUCCUUGCUCAUGGGUACCCCAGCCCCCUUUUUGACUUAGUGGGGACUCGGGUCCAAACCGGCAACCCUCUGGUUACAAGCCAAGAUCUCUUUCUUCUUGGCCACGGGCUGCCAUUCCCCCUCCUCAUACCCACUUCUCCUGAAUUUCCAGCUGUUUGCGAGGACUGAGAGCAUCCAGGCUUUCUAAGACAUUUUGCCAGUUUUAAAACGAGAAGCUUUACACAAAAACGUUGGUAGACACGGAUAUAAAAUUGUAGUAGGAUUUUUUCUCAGCAGAUUUUGUACUGAAACCCUGUGUGGUUUUUUUUAAAACAUUUGUAAUAUAAAACCUGCAAAGCCUUGUCCAAAGCACGUCUGCAAUGUUCUUAGAAAGAUCCUGAAGGCGGCGUCACAUUUUUAAAAACACAUCCACUGCUGACCCGCGUGAAACCCACUCUACUGAGCCGUUGUAGCCAAGAAUUUGUACCGACUUUCCCAGAAAAUGAAGAUGGUGACGUUUAUCCGAUAAGAACAGGAGACUGAAGCUUUUCUCCUGAAGAGAGUUGAGCCGUUACGCACUUAAGUUAACAUGGAAAUGCUUUUCCUGCUCAUUUACUCCACAAACAACAGUAUUUAUUUCAAAUGCAAACUUUUAAAGUUUGUCGCAAUCGUAGCAGGAACAAUGGCACAGAGGUCCAAGGGGCCGACUGUGGUCUGUGUUUCUGUGGCAACCAUACGCCCCGGCUAUGUAAAUUAUGGGAUGGAAAUGCCUUGCACGUGAAAGGGAGCCUCUGGUUUUCAUACCUCAUUCAUUUUUCUUUGACGUAUCUGGAAUAUGUGCAUAACAUAUGUAGCAGUGGAAGAUAAAGUACUGGAAGGAAUGGAAUGGAAGGAAUUGCUUUUACGUACAUUUUUCUUUUUAACUUUACGCAAACCCGACAGUAAUAUUUUCGAUCAUGAGCCAGGAAAAUAGUUUAUUCCAGUUGUUCUCAGAAAUCGUAACUGCCAAGCAACAAUAGGAACUUUGAUUUAGAGUGCCCCCUGUUUAUUUAAUCGUAAACUAGUGAAAUGCUAGUUAGCAAACCUAGCUACGAGAUCGUAGCCAAACGGAUUGACACAUACGGUGUUUAUUCAAUGGCACAGAUUAGCUCACUAAUUACACUUUAACUCAUGUGUAACGCCUUUUCCCACUCCAGAGUUACAAUUUUUGAAAAAAACUGGAAUGGACUUCGCUAGCUUAGCAAUUAGCUAGCAUAGCACUUGGCUAGCUUUGAAAACAACAAAAUAUAUAAGCUAAAUAACGUGUCCUGUCACUGAGGGGACGUAGCCGUCCCAGACGUGAACAUUGUUUUUUAGCACCUUUUUCUUUUUUUGUAUCGUACAUGCGUGCUGCCCCUAUUGGUGCCUACACUGUUGUUGCACACAAAACGACUCAUAUAGUGUUUAGCCAGUUAGCAAACCUAGGUCUAACAAGAUUUGUAUUCAACUUGCGAAGUUGAAACUCGACGGAACUGAACUCAGGUGUAACAUUGUUCUCGCUCCCCUGAUUAAUGGUGAAAACCACAGAAACUGGAAUGCACUUAGCUAGCUAGCUAGAUUUCAUUAGCUGAAGUGUAGCGUUCAGGUGCUUGUGUAAAAUAGCGUGUCCUUGCGCUGAAUGAGACGCAGCAAACAUGAACAGAGGAUCUGUUUUUAUUUAUCAAAGCGUCUUGUCGACGCUAACUAAACUAACUUGACCGAAUCGCCAAAAAGUGAACGUCCAAAAUGGUGGACGUCCUGUUGGGUUUGGAUCAUGGUCAUAAUGGAUUUUUUUUUCUUCAUCCCAGCCUUCUACGCAUGUGUACAGAUUUUCGUGCAUGUACGAUGAACCUGCUGCUCUAGCCAAAUUUUUCUUGGGGGCGACACAGUUAUUUGCCCCUCCCACAUUCAAUUUUUGAUACACAUUCACUGAACUUCUGUCAGAUGUAAAUUUUCACCAUGUGGUCUCUGAUGCGGUCGCAAAAAAAGUGAGUUUUGGGGCACGGUAGAAAUAUGAAUAAUAACUUAAAAAAUCUAAACACCUGAGCCAGAAAAAAAAGGUUAAAUGCAGUAAAAGUUACAAAGAAUACAGAAUAGUUUCAUCAACGUACUUUUAAUCACCUCCACUUUUGCAUAUAUGAAACUGUGCUCAUGUGUACAUUUCCUCAUCCUUUGAGUUUCAGUCAUGUGACACGCGGCACUUUUCUUUCCUUGCAACACUUUUUUUCAAACCGUAGCAGAAACAAACAAACAAACGAGUGGAGGAAGAGUUUUUUUAACAUUCCCUGCCUGUUUCUCCUCUCUAUGACUGAACUCAUUUAAACUCAUUUGCAUGUCUGUGAUCAGGUGAAUCUGUCGUCCUGUUUUUUUUUUUUUUUGGUCAAGUGGGAAAAAAAGCAAACAAACAAAGAAAAAAAUUCUCAAUCUGUAUCCAUGGCAACUAGGAUGGAUUGAUCUGUUCAUCCUAUCAUGUCUCACUGCCACACGUUCAUUCAAAAGUGACAAAAAUAAACAAACGUGAAAAUUGAUGCAUUGAAAAUUCUCUGUACUCUGUAAAAAUAAACGGUGCAACAGUAAUAAAAUUUAAGAAAUUGACUGAAA